UUCAACGGCAUAGAUAAUUCAGUGCCCGUUACUUUUAUCUAUGGGAGCAAAAGCUGGAUAGAUCCUGGACCAGCAUUUGAUAUCCAAGCGCAACGAAACGGUUACGUGGACGUACAGAUCAUUCGUGGCGCCGGACAUCACGUCUAUGCUGACUCUCCUAUCGCUUUCAACAAAGUUCUCCAAUCAAUUGUUGGACAAGAAAGAACUGGUCAAAGCAGUGAAAACUUUGAAAAUCAGUCGGUAGAAGAAGCAGCAUCUUGA